GGGAGGUGUCUGGAUGUUGGAGUUCCCCGCUUGCAGUAUUGGUUCAGUCCGACUCCCAUAGAACAGCAGCGGUCCGGUAGGCAGAAGGGAUUUGGAACUCUGCAUGUAAAGGAAGGCCAGUCAUUGUAAAAGGGAUUUCUAGUGUCCCUUGACUAGUUAUUGUCUGAUGGAUCGCUACCGUUACUUUAUCUUUAACCACCGGAGUAUGGUGAUUUUGGGAAUCCUGCAGAUAGCAUGUGCUGGGAUCUCCAUUGUGUGCGGCUUCGUGGAUGGUGCUUUCAGGAAAGAAUCCAUGUUGGGCAACACUAGAGCGCCACUUUGGGCUGGGGCGAUUAUGGCUAUUCCUGGGGUGCUAGCUUUGUUUUCUUCACAGAAGAAGAACCCAAUUCUAGUGAAUGCUCUGAUAGCCACCUCUGUGUUUUCUUGUUUUACCACCAUAAUCAUUAUUGUAUAUACAAGUCUAACUCUUGGAUAUGGAGAAGAUGAUGAUGACGUGUUUUCUCACACACCUGUCCAUGUAAUUCAAGCUAAGUUUAUGCUUGGUCACCUUGUUAAAGGAGCAAAUAUAGCCAUUUUAAUAGCAUCCAUCUCCAGUCUCUGUGUGGCCCUGUGCACUGCCUAUAUUGGCUGUCGGAGUCUGCCGGAUUGUAUGUGCUAUGAUCACUCAACUGGAAUGGAAUGGUUGCAUCCGGACCAUGAGCAACCUCAGACAGUUGAACUUGUCUGCACAUUCAGAGGGGAAGAUGAUCGGAUUUUCAAUUCACCGGUGCCUUUUACAGACGACGUUAGUACAGAAAUAGAAGAAUUGUCUCGGCCUCCCCCAUACAUCAGGCUUUCGUGAGCAGAAAGAUUUCAGAAGACCUAAAAUAAGACCACUGAUUUUUAGCAUCCAGUCAUUUUAAUUUCUACAACCGAGCAAUAUCAACACUCUGAAUGAGAAUGACUGACUCUCCUUUCGUGUGUCAAAAAAUGUCCUCCUCAUGUCACCAAGCCAAGAAAGGCCAAAUAGCAUCACAGCUAAGUGAAAAGCCUGUAGUGGUGAAUUUGUUUGUAAACCCAAGUUUAACAUGUGUAAACCAGACACGGACAAAAUAAUUGUGACUUUUUAUUAGUAUUGUUGGUGCACUGUAACUGCUUUUAUACAGGUGGCUCUCCACACUUUUUAAAAGGC